AUGACCGGGCUGGCGCACAUGUUUGCCUUGUGCGUGACUUUCUGCGCCUUCCGCGGAGCAUCUGCGGCCAACAACUAUAAUUGCAACGGCCCUUUGGUGUCCGCAUUGCCGCGUUCGUCCUUUCAGAGCUCGUCGCAGUCGUCAGUCAGCUACGCCGCCCACCACGCCAAGUUGCAUAGGAGAGACGGGGCCGGCGGCUGGUCUCCGAUGGCGAGCGACAAGGAACCGUGGCUCCAGCUGGACCUCAGGGAGCAGAUGGAGGUGACAGCGGUGGCCACGCAGGGAUGCUACGACAGCUGGGACUGGGUCAGCACGUACGUGCUCCUCUACAGCGACACGGGGCGAGCGUGGAGGCGCUAUCGUCACGAUGAUGGAACUGAGGCAUUUGUCGGAAAUGUCAAUUCGGAGGGUGUCGUCCAGAAUAAGCUGUCUCACUCUAUAAGAGCCCGUUUCCUUCGAUUUGUCCCUCUUGACUGGAAUCAAAGUGGCUGGAUGGGCCUUAGAGUGGAAGUUUAUGGCUGUUCCUACAAGUCCUACGUGGCAGACUUUGAUGGCAGAAGUUCCUUGCUGUAUCGAUUUAACCAAAAGUCCAUGUCCACCGUGAAAGAUGUCAUCUCGCUGCUGUUCAAGAGUCAGAAAGCCAACGGGGUUUUGCUGCACGGCGAGGGCCAGAGAGGCGAUUACAUCACUUUGGAGCUCCACCGAGGGAAAUUGGACCUCUACAUCAACUUAGACGACAGCCGCCCGAGGAUGAGCGCCCCCCGCGUUGCCGUCACGGUGGGCAGCCUUUUGGACGACCAGCAUUGGCAUGCCGUUCACAUGGAGCGCUUCAACAAGCACGUCAACCUCACAGUGGACGCCCACACGCACCACUUCCAAACCCAAGGGGAGGCCUACUCGCUGGAGGUGGACUACGAGCUGAGCUUUGGUGGAAUCCCACUUCCUGGAAAACCUGGCACCUUCCUCAGGAAGAACUUCCACGGAUGCAUGGAGAACCUUUACUAUAAUGGCAUUAAUAUCAUAGACCUGGCCAAACGACGCAAACCACAGAUACACAGUGUGGGCAACGUGACCUUCUCAUGCUCGCAGCCCCAGCUGGCGGCUUGUACCUUCCUGAGCGCCAACAGCAGCUUCCUGACAAUUCCGUCAGCUGCUGCAGGGGCGUCUGCCACGGGGGGCUUUUCAGCCCGCUUCCACUUCCGCACGUGGAAUGCCGAGGGGCUGCUCCUGUCCGUGCCUCUCGGCCCAAGGCCCCAGAGAGCUCAGCUACACAUCCACAACGGCCAGCUCCAGCUGACCCUGCGUGCCUCUGGGCACAAGUCGGAGGUCUCUCCAGAUUACACAGUCAAUGAUGGAUUGUGGCAUUCCGUGAGUCUGGAGACGAGCAAUUUCCUCAUCCGUCUGACGGUGGAUAGCGAGCUGCCGUCUGAGAUCGAACUGUUGGCGGCUCUGGACUUGAGAGGAAGUUUUUACCUUGGAGGCUGUCCUGAUGCUGACUGUCCAUCUCCAGCCUUCCAGGGCUGCAUGCAGCUUAUCUCAAUCAAUGGCCAGCCGGUUAACCUCAGCCAUGUGCAGCAAGGCAUGCUGGGAAACUUUAACCAACUUCACUUUGACACAUGUACCAUCACAGACAGGUGUGUUCCCAACAAGUGCGAGCAUGGCGGCCUCUGCUCACAGACAUGGAACACCUUCUCUUGCGACUGCUCCGGAACAGGAUACUCGGGGGCAACCUGUCACGACUCCAUCUACGAGUCAUCAUGCGAAGCCUACAAGCUGACAGGGGGCUCCUCGGGCUUCUAUUCUAUCGACCCGGAUGGCAGCGGGCCCUUAGAGGCCACAAAUGUGUACUGUAACAUGACAGAAGAGAAAGUUUGGACGGUGUUAGCCCACAACAGCACCACCCCAGUCCGAGUCCAGGCAUCGUCGCUGCAGAGGCCUCACAUCACGUUGCUCAAUUAUGGCGCCUCGCCGGAGCAGCUGCACAAAAUUGUGUCAAGGUCAGAGCACUGCCAACAGGAAGUGGUUUACAACUGCAAGAGAUCCCGUCUUUUCAACACAAAAGAUGGUAGUCCAAUGUCCUGGUGGCUGGAUCGACACGGCGAGAGGCGAAGUUACUGGGGAGGAUUUCUGCCAGGAAUUCAGCAGUGCUCCUGCAGCUUGGAAGAGAACUGUGUGGACAUGAACUACUUCUGUAAUUGUGACGCUGACACAGACGUAUGGGCCAACGAUACAGGCGUCCUCUCCUACAAAGACCACCUACCGGUGAGCCAGAUAGUGAUCGGAGAUAUCGGCAGAGCUGGCUCGCAGGCCAUCUACCAUAUUGGCCCUCUGCGUUGUUAUGGAGACAGGUCCAUGUGGAAUGCUGCCACCUUCUACCAAGAGUCGUCGUACCUCUAUUUCCCCACCUCACCGACCGAGCCCGCCUCAGACUUUUCAUUCUACUUCAAAACGAGCGCUCCCUCAGGAGUUUUUGUGGAGAGCCUGGGCCUCAACAACUUUGUCAGAGUGGAGCUUAGCUCUCCAUCCACGGUGUCAUUUUCCUUUGAUGCUGGAAGCGGCGCGGUGGUCCUGUCUGUCAAGUCGCACAUGCCAUUGAAUGACAGGCAGUGGCACUACAUAAAGGCGGAGCAUAAUGUCAAGGAGGCCUCGCUACAGGUCGAUCAGCUUCCCGCACGCUUCCUGUCAGCUCCUGUGGACCGUCAACUACCAUUAAAGCUAAGCAGCCAGCUUUUUGUAGGUGGAACGACAUCCCUGCAGCGGGGUUUCUUGGGCUGCUUGAGGAGCCUGAUGGUGAACGGUCGGAAUUUAGACCUGGAGGAAAGGGCCAAGGUGACGCCAGGUGUGAGCUCUGGGUGCCCCGGGUAUUGCAGUGGUUCCAGCAGCCUGUGUCACAAUAGAGGGCGGUGCAUCGAGAAGAGCAACGGCUACACAUGUGACUGCUCCCAAUCAGCUUACGCUGGAACCUCAUGUAACCAAGAGGUGUCCGUGUCCUUCGACAGAGAGUCGUCGCUGACCUACACACUCCAGGAGCCUUUCUCCGUCAUGCUGAACAAAAGCUUGCAGGCGGAGAGUAGCAGCAGCAGUCGGGCCAAAGAGGACUUCUCAUUUAGCUUUAUCACCUCACAGAGUCCCGCUAUGCUGUUGUCUGUCAGCACUCUCAGCCGGCAGUAUAUCGCCGUCAUUGUGGCCAAGAAUGGGAGUCUACAGAUCUGGUACCACCUGCAGACAGACAGGAAGCCAGACGUCUUCUGCCCCGCUGCAGCUAACCUGGCAGAUGGGAGACUUCAUCGAGUGCGAGUCCACAGAGUGGAGCAGAAAGUCUACGUACAGGUGGACCAUGAUAUUCACAGAAAAUACACCCUAUCCUAUGACGGAGAAUUAGUCUUGAUCCGGACUUUGACGUUGGGCAAAGUCAUCAGAUUGGAUGCAUUCCAGGAGGAGGUACGAGAGGCCGCUUCGAAGGGUUUUGUGGGCUGCCUCUCUUUGGUGCAGUUUAACAACGUGGCACUGCUCAAGACAGCGCUGACCAACCCGGGAAGCUCAUUGGUAACUGUUCGCGGCCCAUUGGUCCAAUCAAAUUGUGGCGCACUGGCAGACUCUUCAAGAUCGUUGCAAGAUCAAACUGUGACAACAAAUAAUGGGAAGAAGAAGCACAACCAUGAAACCCAGAAUGACGUGGCUGUCAUAGCAGGAGCGGUUACGGCGGCGGCCUUCAUUGGUGCGUGCGCUCUCGCCGCCACUACCCGUCUCCUCUACCAGCGGCGGCAGGCCCAACGUGACGACGUCGUCAAGCGGGAGGGCGCCCCCGGUGUUUACAUAGACUACAGGACUGAGACACGCCCCCACGGCUCAAUGCGGGAGAACAUGAAGGAAUACUACAUCUGA